AUGAAUUCCACCUUGUCAGAGUUAGAAAAUUUGCAGUUGAUUUCUAAAAUCUGUACUGAAUUAGAAAAUCAUUUGGGCUACAGUGAUAAAGUUGCUGCUGAGUUUAUUAUAUCACUUGCUGAAAGCUGCAAUACCCACUCUGAAUUUCACGAAAGACUAAAGGAAAAUGGCGCUGAAUUUAGCGAUACUUUUUCUGCAAGCGUUUGGCGUUUGUUUAAAGCUUUAAGGCCCACCGAACCAAUAAUUUCAGAAGUUGAGAAGAAAGAAGAUGAUAUAGAGAGGCGUAAAAUACUGUAUCCCGGGCUGGCUAUUGCUGAUGCACAACCUAUUCCUUUGGAAAUUCAAAAAGAGAAUGAAAGAGCGGCUGCAUCUGCAAUGGAUCAACUUUCGGCUUUAUCGACCCAAAGUUUUGCUGAGGAGCCAAAAAAGAGAAAAGAAGAUAGACGAAGAAAUAGAAGUAAUAGCAGGAGAGGACGGGAUUAUGAAAGAAAUAAAAAAAAGAGCAGAAGUAGAAGCAGAGGAAGGCGGUCUUCUCGGCGCGAUAAAAGCCGAGAAAGAAGCCGCAGGAGAAAUUAUAGAAAAGAUUCGUUUGGACGGAGCAUCUCUCUUGAUCGCGAACCCGUCGUUGGAAAAAUUUACAACGGAAAGGUUUUCAUAUCUUGA